CUGCCUGGCAUAUCCGGCCCACGAAAAGGGUCCUUUUUCAAGCGUACGCCAUUGCUGGCGUAUGGUAGUUUAUUUUAUUGAAACAAAAAUCAAAAACCAUCCAAUAUGGUGAAUUUUACCGUGGACGAGAUCCGUUCCAUGAUGGACAAGAAGCGGAACAUCCGCAACAUGUCUGUGAUCGCCCACGUCGACCACGGAAAAUCAACAUUAACAGAUUCGCUUGUGUCCAAGGCCGGUAUUAUUGCCGGUGCCAGAGCCGGAGAGACCCGUUUCACGGAUACCCGAAAAGACGAGCAGGACAGAUGCAUCACCAUCAAGUCGACAGCUAUCUCUAUGUUCUUCGAGCUCGAAGAGAAAGAUUUGGUGUUCAUUACAAACCCUGACCAGCGUGAAAAGAAUGAAAAGGGUUUCUUAAUCAAUUUGAUUGACUCACCUGGUCACGUUGACUUCUCCUCUGAGGUCACAGCUGCUCUCCGUGUAACUGAUGGUGCCCUGGUCGUUGUCGACUGUGUCUCUGGUGUGUGUGUACAAACGGAGACUGUGCUGCGUCAGGCCAUCGCUGAGCGCAUUAAGCCUAUCCUGUUCAUGAACAAGAUGGACCGCGCCCUGCUCGAGCUGCAGCUAGAGGCUGAGGAGCUGUACCAGACCUUCCAGCGUAUUGUUGAAAACGUCAACGUCAUCAUCGCCACCUACAAUGACGACGGCGGUCCCAUGGGUGAGGUCCGUGUGGACCCCAGCAAGGGUUCAGUGGGCUUCGGCUCUGGCCUGCACGGAUGGGCGUUCACCCUCAAACAAUUCUCCGAGAUGUACGCAGACAAAUUCAAGAUCGAUCUGGUCAAACUCAUGAACAGACUGUGGGGAGAGAACUUUUUCAAUGCCAAAACAAAGAAGUGGGCCAAACAGAAGGACAAUGAGAACAAGCGUUCCUUCUGCAUGUACGUGCUGGAUCCCAUUUACAAGGUGUUCGACGCGAUCAUGAACUUCCGCAAGGAAGAGAUCGACGGUCUCCUCAAGAAGAUCGGUGUCACACUCAAGCACGAAGACGCCGACAAGGACGGAAAGGCUCUGUUGAAGGUGGUGAUGAGAACCUGGCUGCCGGCUGGUGAAGCUUUGCUUCAGAUGAUUGCCAUCCAUCUGCCAUCACCGGUGGUCGCCCAGAAGUACCGUAUGGAGAUGUUGUACGAGGGCCCACAUGACGACGAAGCCGCUAUCGGUAUCAAGGGUUGCGACCCUGAAGCGCCCCUGAUGAUGUACGUGAGCAAGAUGGUGCCGACAUCGGACAAGGGUCGUUUCUACGCUUUCGGACGUGUGUUCUCCGGCAAAGUAGUCACUGGACAGAAGGCCCGCAUCAUGGGCCCUAACUUCCAACCUGGCAAGAAAGAGGAUCUGUAUGAGAAGACCAUCCAGCGUACAAUCCUCAUGAUGGGCCGUUACGUGGAAGCUAUUGAGGAUGUGCCUUCCGGCAACAUUUGUGGUCUGGUCGGAGUCGAUCAGUUUCUUGUGAAGACUGGAACCAUCACCACUUUCAAGAACGCACACAACAUGAAGGUCAUGAAAUUCAGCGUGUCACCCGUCGUGCGUGUCGCCGUCGAGCCUAAGAACCCCGCCGACCUGCCCAAGCUGGUGGAGGGUCUGAAGCGGUUGGCCAAGUCCGAUCCUAUGGUGCAGUGUAUUAACGAGGAGUCUGGCGAGCACAUCGUCGCCGGCGCAGGAGAGUUGCAUCUUGAAAUCUGUCUUAAGGACUUGGAAGAGGACCAUGCCUGCAUUCCAAUCAAGAAGUCUGAUCCAGUCGUAUCGUACCGUGAGACUGUUAGCGAGGAGUCCGAUCAGAUGUGUCUGUCCAAGUCGCCAAACAAGCACAACCGUCUGUUCAUGAAGGCGCAACCCAUGCCCGACGGCCUCGCCGAGGACAUCGACGAGGGACGCGUCAACCCUCGCGACGACUUCAAGACCCGUGCCCGCUACCUGAGCGACAAAUACGAGUAUGACGUCACCGAGGCCCGUAAGAUCUGGUGUUUCGGACCCGAGGGCACCGGCCCCAACAUCAUGGUUGACUGUUCCAAGGGAGUGCAGUACCUCAAUGAAAUCAAGGACUCUGUCGUCGCCGGUUUCCAAUGGGCGGCCAAGGAGGGUGUCAUGGCUGAAGAGAAUUUGAGAGGUGUCAGGUUCAACAUUUAUGACGUGACGCUACACACUGACGCUAUUCACAGAGGUGGCGGUCAGAUCAUCCCAACCACAAGGAGGUGUCUCUACGCGUGUCUGUUGACAGCGCAGCCUCGUCUCAUGGAACCAGUGUACCUGUGCGAGAUCCAGUGCCCUGAGGUAGCAGUCGGUGGUAUCUACGGAGUGCUGAACAGACGGCGAGGUCACGUGUUCGAGGAGUCGCAAGUCGCCGGCACGCCUAUGUUCGUAGUGAAGGCAUACCUACCCGUCAACGAGUCGUUCGGCUUCACCGCUGACCUCCGCUCCAACACCGGCGGGCAAGCCUUCCCGCAGUGCGUGUUCGACCACUGGCAGAUCCUACCUGGAGACCCAUGCGAACCAAGCAGCAAACCAUACGUCGUCGUCCAGGACACAAGGAAACGGAAAGGACUGAAGGAGGGUCUCCCAGAUUUAACGUUUAGUGAAAAUAUUACAAAAUUAUAA